UCUCCACGCGUCCCACGUGGGAAUGGUAAUUUUAAAUUUUAAACAGAAGUACACUUUAUUAGACAUAAUACUUUUUAUCGUACAUGCGAUACAUUAGUUCAUAGUUUACAUUUAAAAUGAGUAAUUUUGACUAUCCAUCGUCUGGAGAGAGGCUGAGCAGUGCUCAACGCGACCAACUUUUAGAUCAAGUAAAACAGCAAGUUGCUCUAGCAAGCGCUCAAGAAUUAAUUCAGAAAAUGUCGGAGAAGUGCUUCAAAAAAUGCAUUUACAAACCAGGAACAUCACUAGAUAACUCUGAACAGAAAUGUCUUGCUAUGUGUAUGGAUCGAUAUAUGGACACGUGGAAUUUAAUGUCCAGGACAUACAGCGGUCGUCUACAACGAGAGCAUGGUGCAAGUUCUGGCUUUCAAUAAUCCAUAUUUUUAUUGCUUUUCCUUUGACGAAAAAUUGACUAUAUUACACUAGAUAAGUUAAGAAUUGAACUCUUGUGUCUAUCCUCAAUGAUAAUACGUACAAUACUCCAUAGAACUGAACGGGGAGUCCCCCUCCUCGAGGGUACAUGAAGGGAUAACUGGGUGUAUGACUUUUUUUAACAUUAACAAGGUCUGGUAAGGUUUUUUGAUUUCUUACCCGGGACUCAUCGCUUUCACUUGAGAAAAGUGGCACGUUUGCAUUGAAGCAGUGACGAGGCGGGCUCGCUCAUUUAGUUCUGCCAUGUAAUUUUCCCACUUCUCGCUUACUGCGUUGACAAUAUCAUUACAAUGUGAAAAAAUCGUUAUUAUUAAUGAAAUUUAUAUAUAUCCGUUCUAAAUCAUGCAGUCUGGCUACGUCAUUGCAUUCAAGACGAAAUAACUUAAGAAAAAAGUGGCAACAACUGCUUGCAACUGCACAUGCUCAGUAGCUACAAAGGAAAAUAAUCGCCGGCAUCAAUCGUGAAACACUCGGCGACUUUUGUGAUGAUUUUUGAUUUCAAGAAUCGCUUGCUGUAAAUGUGCCAAAAUGUCAAUCUUAUACCUAUUAUGAACAUUUGGUCAUUUUUGCGUCAUGAUAAUAAUAAUAAUAAUGCGUCAUAACAAUAAACAUUAAAGUGACUUUAUUUUGUA